GUGGGAGGGAACAGUUCAGUGAAAGUGUGUAUCAUUGCUGAAAAUUACUGAAUUAGAGUGUUGUAGUCAAAACUUGUCGUGUUCUUUUAAUGUUACUGUCAAUCUGCUGUUUGUCAUGAUAGUAACUGGCAUCUUGACCAGGUCUGACACUUAAAUUUGUUGUGAAAUACGGUAUGCCGCCAGCUGGAGCAGCUAUGGCUAUGCAUCUACAGCAUCACUCCGUUGACCAUGGUUAUACGUACAAUGUACCGCUGAUCCCGACAAAUCUGCGGAGAGAGGAAACUGUCAAACACAUCGCGGAUACACUACAGUAUCUGGAACACAUUACUGAUGAUGUAUUCAGGCGAAUAAACACACAGGUUGCAGAGAAUAAGAAGAGACUGGAGACGCUGAGAUCACGCGCUGACGUUGCACAAGCUAAAAUAGAUCGCAUUCGAGGGACCAGUAAGGCGAUUCGAGUGUUCGCCAGUGCGAAGUACCCGGGAGCGGACUGCGUCACUGAGUAUCAGACCAUCUACAAAGAAGAAGAGAAGCUCAGAGAGAUGAAAAGAAACAUAGGCAAGCUGCAGAGCAGACACAUCCCGCUUGAUGAUAGAAACCUCAAGGACAGUCUAUGGCUUACGAACAUCAACAUCAGACCGCGGCGAGCACAGGCAGAGGACCAGGGAGAGGGUCUCGGACGGCUACCCGAAAACAUUCGAUCGGUCAGCUCGCUGUUGCUGUUCAACACCACCGAAAACCCGUACAAGAAGUACAUGAUGCUGGACCCGCUGGGAGCCGUUACUAAAACCCGAGCUGGAGUGCAGGAGGAGGAGGAGGGGAUCGGCGACGCACCCGUCACAAUCACCGAUCGCGAGCAGACAUUCCGGCCGUCGACCGACGAUUACUUCUACCACCCGGAUCUUGGCAACGUUCCAGAGUUCGAUUUGCCCUCGUACUUGCCCGACCUGCCAGGUAUAGCAGACGACCUUCUGUACAGCGCAGACCUUGGUCCGUCGAUCGCCCCCUCGGUGACCGUGAUCGGUGGAGCCAUCCCAGAACUUCCUUCUGUCGUACCGGACCCCACGCUACCCUCCAUUGAUCAAUCGCAAGCCGGUCCUCCUCCUCCUCCUCCUCUUCCACCUCCCGUGGACUCGGCAGCUCCGCGGCAUCCUUCUACGUCUGCUGCUGGCGGUCCUCCUCCUCCUCCUCCCCCUCCCCCGCCACCUCCCGAAGUUUCCGCGACGCAGGAGGAAAAUGAAGGCGGGAAGCAGUUGCCUAAGAUUUCCGGUGCACCGGCAGAGGUGGUGCUCCCUGGUGACGGACGUGCGGAUCUUUUGGCGGCUAUAAGACAGGCUGGUGGCAAGGGCAAGGGCAAAUUGCACAACGCACAGGACAGAAAGAUGGAGAGCAAGCGUAAGAAGGAAGCCGCAGCUGCGAAAGACGAAGGCGGCGGCGACCUGAUGGGAGAUCUAAUGAAUAAAAUAGCUCUGCGACGUAAAGCGAUAUCAGGUACAAGAACUUCCAGAAGUGACACGGGGGAUGGUUCUCAGCCUGCUGCGCCAACAGGUGGCAGCACUGCGAUGGAGAAGAUAUCUGCGAUGAUUCCGCCGCCGCUUAGCAAGGCCGGUCGCAGCCAGAGUCACGACGAUGACGACGAUUGGGAUUAGCGCCAUCUAGUGACGCAACAGUGAAGCGGAAACAGUCAGGUAGCAUUUUCUUGCAGUUGGCAUGAAGUUUAGGCUGGCUGGCAGGGGUGCAUCCAGUAAACCUCCCUGUUAUUUGUUGUGUGUGAACCAAGUUUGUCCGUAAGUGUCGUCGAAGGAAGUAUUAGCUCUACUUUUUGUUCCUUCCUGGCUGUGUGCCAGGAAGGCCUUUGUUACAUCUGUGAUUGAAAAAUAUAUGGUAAAAUAUUGAUAACCAGUUAACAGCUGCUGCGUACACCUUAUGGUCACAACAGAUCAUGGUAAUAAACAUAUUCUUUACGUAUAAGUGAGAAUUUAUUCCUAGCACAUUAUUGUUGUUUAGCUACUGUUGUUCUUGGUGCGAAGCAACACUGCAACACUUGCACAUGUCACGCAAUUUUCUCCGACGGAUAUCACGCAAAUUGGAAUGCAAAACAUAGCUUCCCGUUAUGAGGGCAAACCGAGAAUCGAGUGGAAAAAUUCUUCAACCCAAUUCUAGAUAUUUCUGUGCUAACAUGUAGAACUUGAGCAUCGGCUACGGGCGGUUAUUUGCCACAUAUUGAUCGCAUAGAGAAUGAACCGCUCUUCUAUCGAGUUCUUGCACCUCACUGCUUACUCGGAUACGAAAUGUAUGAAUACAUGGAUAUAGGUGGAGGCGUGAGAGUGCAGGGGUGGGCAGCUGGUAGGUAGGAGGUGUGAAUGGCAUAUUUCAUAACGUGAUAUUAUUAUUCAUCUGGUGUGCAGCGCAAGCUGUGACACGAUGUAUCAAUGCACGAGUAACCUGUGCAUGCGCUGCUAAGUUCGUAACAAUACGUAGGUGUGCGUAUGUAAUGUGUGUGUAAAGUGUAUGCAUGUGUGUGGGCGUUCGUUCGCCGGUGUGUGUGUGUGUGUGCGUGCGUGUGCGUGCGUGCGUGCGUACGUGCGUGCGUCCGUGCGUGGUUGGGUGUUCAAUAAUUAUGCAUCAAUGAAUGAACCAGUUCGCACGGAGCAAAUAAAGGUCAGAGUAGUAAUCCUUGCAGAGCAA